AUGGCUCCUGUAACCCAAAACGGGGCAAAUGAAAGGCCUUCCUCGGCUGACAACCGCAGGUCUAACAAGUUACGCAAACUUAUGGUAGAAAAAGUAAGGAGGGACCGCAUCAAUUACAGCAUCGAGCAAUUAAGAACUCUUCUGAGGCGAGUAGAGCAAAGUGACGUGCAGACCUCCUCCUCCUCCUCCUCCUGCUCCUCCACCAAGCUGGAGAAAGCCGACAUUUUGGAGAUGGCGGUGCGUUUCCUGAGGGAGAGGGCCUUGAUGGCCUGUAGCGCUGCGCCCAACUACUCUCAAGGUUUCUCCCAGUGUCUCCAGGAGACCCUCCGGCAUCUGUCCCUGCACGCCCCCCUGCGGCCGGCUGAGAGAGAGGAGAUCAAACGUUUCUACGUGCUACAGAGAGCCGCGCUGCAACAGCAGCUGUCCGCCGAGAAAGGCCGCAGGACUGUGGCAACGAAGCCUCCUCCGUCCCGGACAACGUUCCGGUCCCACGGCUCGCUGUGGAGGCCGUGGCUCACGGACAAAUAA